AUGAUUAUAGUAACAGCAGUGGCCUUGGCAGUGGGUGGUGCUGUGGUUUGGGGUUACAAAGCCCUAAAGCCACCUCCCCCAAACAUAUGUGGGUCACCCAAUGGUCCACCAAUUACUUCUCCAAGAGUCAAACUCAAUGAUUGCAGGCAUUUGGCUUACAGAGAAGAUGGUGUUCCAAAGCAAAAAGCCAAAUACAAAUUCAUUAUCGUUCAUGGAUUUGCUGUCCACAAGGAACAGAGAAUACCUACCCCUAAAGAAGUUAUAGAGGAGCUUGGGAUAUAUUUCUUACAUUAUGACAGAGCUGGUUAUGGAGAAAGUGAUCUAUAUCCAUCUCGUUCGCUAAAGAGUGAAGCAUUUGAUAUUGAACAACUUGCUGACAAGUUGAACAUAGACAAAUUUUAUGUUCUUGGAUGCUCAAUUGGAUGCUAUCCCAUUUGGAGUUGCCUCAAAUACAUACCACAUAGAUUAUUAGGAGCUGCGCUUUUGACUCCUUUUGUGAACUUCUGGUGGCCUUGUUUGCCUGCAAAUCUAGCCAAAGAAUCUUUUGAGCUAUUGCCUAAACCAUAUCAAAAUACAUAUAGGGUUGCUCGUUAUGCCCCUUGGCUCUUCUAUUGGUGGAUGACUCAGAAAUGGUUCCCUUACUUAAAAAUACAACCUCAUUUAAGAGUACUAGUGUUCACCGAAAAAGAUAUAAAGAUAGAAAAUAAUAUGGAAGAUAAUGGUCAUCAGGAACAAGUUGUACAACAAGGUGUUUAUGAUUCGAUGCAUCGAGACUUGAUGGUGGCUCAUGGAAAAUGGGAGUUUGAUCCAUUAGACAUUGCCAAUCCAUUCCCCAACAAUGAGGGCUCUGUCCAUCUUUGGCAAGGUUAUCAAGAUAAGGUCAUUCCUUACAAAAUCACUCGAUUUCUUUCAGAGAAAUUGCCAUGGAUUACCUAUCAUGAGAUUCCAGAUGGAGGCCAUAUGUUUUUCUUUGAGCCCCAUGUGUGUGCAUCUAUGUUGAAGACAUUUUUUCUUAAAUGA